AUGGACAAGGACUCGCUGUCGGCAAGGAAACGGCCGGCUCGUGCCGGCGCGCAGCGGUGCCGGCCGGCUGCGCCCGGCCCGCCCACCGUCCGGCCAUACCUGCUGAACCCACGCCAGGUGUACAACCUGACCAAGGGCGGACCGAUGCAGGGCCUGCAGCUCUUCAAGGACGUGCCUGACCUGCGAGUCAUCUGCUGCGGCGGCGACGGCACCAUCGGCUGGAUCUUGGACUCGAUGGACAAGGUGCAGCUGGCGCACCCGCCGUGCGUGGGCAUCAUUCCGCUGGGCACGGGCAACGACCUGGCGCGCUGUCUGCGCUGGGGCGGCGGCUACGAGGGCGAGUCCAUCUACAAAAUACUCAAGAAAAUCGAGCUGGCUUCCACGGUGAUGAUGGACCGCUGGAGGAUCGAGGUGUCCGACAGCCGCAUGCAGGAGGACGACCCGCCCGGCGAGCCCAUUCCCUACAACAUCAUCAACAACUACUUCUCCAUAGGCGUGGAUGCAGCAAUAUGCGUCAAAUUUCAUCUAGAGCGAGAAAAGAAUCCAGAAAAGUUCAAUUCACGGGUAAAAAACAAGCUCUGGUACUUCGAGUUCGCCACAUCAGAAACGUUCACGGCGUCGUGCAAGAACCUUCAUGAAGAAAUCGAUAUCAUGUGUGACGGCGUGUCGCUGGACCUGGCGAACGGACCGUCGCUGCAGGGCAUCCUCCUGCUCAACAUUCCAUACACUCACGGCGGCUCCAACCUCUGGGGUGACCAGGGCAAAAAGAAGUCCAAGAAGCGGAAAAAGCAAGACCGUGACCGCGAACUCAGCAGCAACUCGUUCAACUCGCUCGAUCUCAACUCUGCCAUACAAGACAUCGGCGACAAAAUGAUCGAGGUGAUUGGUCUGGAGAACUGCCUGCACAUGGGUCAGGUGAAGACGGGUCUGCGUGCCUCCGGCCGCCGGCUGGCCCAGUGCUCGUCGGUGGUGGUACGCACGCGCAAACGCUUCCCGAUGCAGAUCGACGGCGAGCCGUGGAUGCAGCCGCCGUGCACGAUCCAGAUCACCCACAAGAACCAGGUGCCCAUGCUGAUGGCACCUCCCUCCACAUCGCGCGCCAGCGGCCUGCUCCGCUUCAUCCGCAGCAAGUGAGCCGCGUUGGGCCCGCCGGGCGCGCACCUGUCGACCAACAGCCAAGACUACGCUUAUCUUCAGCUACCACCGACCUAGAGGGGGUCCUCGCGCGCGCGAGACCAGGGAGUUUAGACAUCUAGAGUGAAUGCACUUUGCGCUGAAAGAUUACCUCAGAGUGGGACCAGCUCGCGAGCGCCCGUUGACAGACACCCCGGCAGGGCCGGCCGGCCGGUCGGCCGCGCGCCCCGCCUGCGUGCGCGUCUAGUGGGCCAGCACUGGUUUAUCGUCAGCCGGGUUUUGUACUGUCGCAGAGUCGCAGCGCCGUAGGGCGCCCAAUGUGCGCGAGCUGACCUAGGGUUUCUAUCCAGAGUCCAUCUUUAAUCAUUAUCUGUGGGAGCUUGUAGUCCAUUAUUGUUGGUGUUGUGCCAAGACGCCGGGUAACCAACGUCUCUUCUGAGCGGACCGCGCCUCGCCGUGGGCUGCAGAACGGGCGUGAUUGGGCCGCGAGUGUGUGAAUGAGAGAGAGAAAGAGAGAGAGAGAGAGAGAGAGAGAGAGAGAGAGAGAGAGAGAGAGAGAGAGAGAGGCACAGGCACACAGGUGACAUCUGUGCCGCGCGCUGGUGUGGCGGUCAGCGAUGUGAAAUGCUUGUGCCAAACUAUCAGGGCUUUUAAAGUUGUGCGUUUUGCGCAAAAAUAGUCAAAUGAUAAAAUCAGUCAAAACGCUGUCUAUGUUCAUAACUGUAGUCUACUUUUUACUACCUUUUUAACAGGUACUUUUUAUUCGUGUUAUCCUAUCGACGUUACCAUUUUAUAAACCAUUACUCAUUUUUGCUAGGUCACCCUUUAGAUACCUGCAGGACCAAACUACUUUCCUUUUGUGUUUUAUUUAGCGCACAAGCAGCCUGGCGGUGUUCUUCGUGAGCUUAGCGCCAUUUUCACGCCUCGCUGCGGCCAUUUUCACCCGUGCAACUUACCUCACUUUUCGCUGCCGCUCUGCACCUUCACUGCGGUGACGGUGCCGACCUCACCUGCCCCUCCAUCCACGCACACGCGGUGCGCACAGCGGCGGCGCGCCGGCCGGCGAACCCGCUCCGCCGGCCGCCGGCCGCCGCGCCCACCCCGGCUCGGGCAGGCUCGCUGAGUUGUUCAGUUGACGAGAAUCUCUAGUGCAGAGUACAAAGGUGAAUGAUCUUGGGCGAUGGCGCAUCAACUAGGAGAAAGGACACAGGGCUCAUGUCCUUUCCCCUACGGGCGCCCAUCGUCCGCCGUUUGGUUCUCCUCCAGUUCCACCGGCGCUCCUUCCCCGGCGUGGCGGCGUCUCAGACCAAGCUAGGUGUGCGGCGACAUCAGCGUUUCGACGUGUUUUGACUUAUUGUCCAUGUCGUCUGUUGUCGGCGAUUCGUUGGAAGUCGGUUUUCUAUCAGCUACGCCCCUGUACAUAGCGCCAUCUCGGCUGGCUGACUGGCGCCGUCCCGGCCAACCGACAGACGACGGUGACGUCACGACCCGACACUGCAUAUGACGUCACCGUUGGCCCGUCUGGACCGGCGGUCGGGCUAGCGAAUUCCAUUCGUUCGUAGCUGUCCGUAGCUGUUCAUGAUUUCUGGGUAAAACAGAAAAGCAUUUGUAUGUGUUAAACACAGGCGCGCGUGUGUUCCGGUAUUUUUCACAUGGUUGGUGCGAGUGGGUCGGCCGGCGGCGGCGGAAUGCGUCCGCGCCCCCGCCCCGGCCCCACCUCGGACUCCGGCCCGCAGCCGGUGCGCCAGGUCCAGUCCAGUCCACUGUGCGUGCGUGUGUCUUGUGGUUCGUCCUAGCCUUUGAUGACCAUGUGUACGAAUUAUGCAGUUAUUAUAUCAUUGUUGCUUAUACAAAUAUCUAGUCCACUUUGUUCCUUGGUGUAAAUAAACUUUCCCAAGCCGGUUGCUGU